AAUCAAGGGCCCUCAUUCAGCUUCUCGCGGCUAGACAUCUAUUUCUGUCGUCGCCAGUGGUUGCUACCUCUCGGCAUUUGCGCAGCUUUCCAUGCUCUGUCGUCGAGUACCAGCUGAGGACCAUCGAAAUGGCGCCCAAAUCACGUAGCCAGCAGCCAGGUUUGAUAUUUGUGGAUGGACCAUCACUAAAUUGCAAUCCUGCCGACAAUAAGUUGCAGUCGGCGCGGUCUGCACUCAUGCGACGAGUUCACACGGACAAACUAUCAAAAUUCCGGAGAGAACAGGCAUUAAAGCUCGACCAGAUGUUACAAGCGCAAAGGGCGGCCACGACUACAUAUACUACCGGUCAUCAAGACGUGGAGCAGGAAAUGGUUCUUAGAGAACAUGACACAAUAAGAGGAAACAUACGACCUCUUCGUCCGAAGCGACGGAUCUCCGGGUCAGUGACGAAUGGAGUAGUAUGUAGAUCUGAUGAAUGUCCAAGUACACUUCGUGGUCCGCGAGACCCUGCAGCGAAUGCUGUAACGAUCCCUAGUCCUCAAACGUCUAUAAGCACAGGGAGACUAGACCCGUUCAUGCCCGAUACUACUGCUCUUGGCCCUGCAUAUCACGAGUUGGCCAAUCAUUUGAUCAAGGUUAUCUGGCCGGCAUUCCGUGGCGCCGAUCACGCGCAACGCUGCUAUAUGGCAUGGAUGGCUGAAUCGGACAAGGAGGUAUUGACAUGUGCUUACCUCUUUGCCUCAUCUGUCCAUCGGGAUGGUAUGAGAAUCAUCCACGGGCCCGAAGACACCGACUUUGAAUCUAAAGAACAAUUAGAAUACAAGGGAAUGACCUUGAGAUUGGUGCGGGAGCGGCUAUCUGGCCAUUUAUCAAGUGGUGUUUCUGAUAGCCUGAUCAUGUGCAUUCUCUUUCUGGCUGCACAUCCCGACCCUAAAGCCGCAUCUACCGAGCGCGAUCCCUCUCCCUUCACACCCCCUUUCACAGACUUACAUUCCCUUAACAUCUACGGCAGUUUUCCAACCCACCCAUCGCACUGGCGUAUGGUUCACAAGUGCGUCCAGCUCCGAGGUGGUAUUCAGACGCUGAAGCUUUAUCGUCUUGGGUGGCUCUUAUCUCUAUGUGACCUUAUGUAUGCGGCCAACAAAUUGACCAAGCCGACAUAUCCACUGUGUGACCUGGACAGCCGACCAUUUGUUCACAGCCCACCAUUACUUAUGUUGCGGGUCCCUGAAUUAGCAAGACAUCUUACGUACAGCCAAGGCUUCUCUCAGCUUCGUUUACUGAAUCCACCAGUCAAAAGUUGCAUCGUAAGCGUAUUCCUACACCUAUGUGAACUGUCACAGGCGCUGCAUACUAUCCAUACCAGCGACAAUUCAAUGAUGCACAAUCUGGGUGACUGUCGUAAUCUGGUCCAUCACCAGCUCCUAAACCUCCCCAACCAGAAUGAUUCUCCCGCAUCGAUUCUCGAUGAUGUGGACACCUCUAUGAGAGAGGUUAAUCGAGCUCGCGAUAUCUAUCUGAUGUGCCGAUAUAGCGCGCUCUUAUACGCUAUUCAUGUCACAUUUCCUCUUCCACGGUCCUUGAAAAACCGGAAGAUUCUGCUCUCUGCAGUUAGGACCAGUCUAUCGCACAUCGUUGGGUCAGUAACAGAAUUAACACCCUUAGAAUUGCCACCCUUGGAAUUGCUCCUAUGGCCUAGUACUGUUGCGGCUAUUUCCGCCGGUGAAGGAAAUUCAAAUCGUCGCUGGUUUGUUUCCAUAGUCCAGUGGCUUUGCCAAGAGUUGGCAAUUAAAGACUGGACUCAUCUUCUUGGCAUUCUGCAGUCGUUCGCCUGGGUAGAUGCUGCCGGCAAUGAGGGCGCUGGCCAGGUGUGGGCUGAGGCUAUUCUCGGCUCAUCAUCCCGUACCAAGAAGGUCGACGGUACCGAAUAGCGAUGUGGCAGAGAUGAUUUUGCCAUAGCUAGCUACCGAUGCCACGAAUGUGGCUCCAUGGAAUGAUUAAUGAAAAUGACAAUACCAUAGAGAGAACGGGAAGGACAUGUAUAUACAUGAGUCAGUAUAAGAUAUUUGAGGAAUUGAGCCCGAAGAAAGGAAAGAAAGGGGGAAGAAG